GCGCUUACUGUCACUCUCAGUCUCGUCGGGGGCAGCAGAUUACAUAUGGAUUCACUUUUCUGAAAGACAAGCCUUUUCAUCUCGUCUCUCUCUCUGUCUCUCUCGCUCGCGCUCCGGCUGGCAGCUGAACUGAUUGAAUUCGGAUCAGAUGGACACGGACAACAAGUUCUUCAAUGUGGGUGUCUUGCUUGUGGCCACUCUCAUUGUGGCCAAGCUAAUCUCGGCAUUGCUAAUUCCGAGAUCCGGAAAGCGCCUCCCCCCUGUUGUUAGGACAUGGCCGGCGAUUGGCGGGCUGCUCCGGUUCUUGAAGGGUCCGAUUGUGAUGCUACGGGAAGAGUACCCCAAGCUCGGGAGUGUAUUCACUCUUAAUCUGUUGAACAAGAAAAUUACGUUCUUUAUUGGCCCCGAGGUGUCUGCGCACUUCUUCAAGGCUUCCGAGUCUGAUUUGAGCCAGCAAGAAGUGUACCAGUUCAAUGUGCCGACUUUCGGACCUGGAGUUGUCUUCGAUGUCAAUUACACCAUAAGGCAAGAGCAGUUUCGGUUUUUCACCGAGGCUUUGAGGAUUAAUAAGCUUAAGGGGUAUGUCAAUCAGAUGGUUUUGGAAGCAGAGGACUACUUCUCAAAAUGGGGAGAUAGUGGUGAGGUGGACCUAAAGUAUGAGCUUGAGCAUUUGACCAUAUUGACAGCGAGCAGAUGUCUUUUGGGUCGAGAGGUUCGUGAGAAGCUCUUUGACGACGUGUCAGCCCUAUUCCACGACCUUGACAAUGGAAUGCUGCCCAUCAGUGUCGUCUUCCCCUACCUGCCCAUCCCAGCUCACCGUCGUCGUGAUCGGGCCCGGAAGAGGCUCUCUGAGAUUUUCGCAAGCAUCAUUUCUUCACGCAAAUCUGCUGGCAAAUCAGAAGAAGACAUGUUGCAGUGCUUCAUUGACUCAAAGUACAAAAAUGGUCGCCCGACAACUGAAGCCGAGGUCACUGGCCUGCUUAUUGCUGCUCUCUUUGCAGGGCAGCACACCAGUUCUAUCACUUCCACCUGGACUGGGGCCUACCUCCUCACCAACAAGAAGUACCUCUCUAGUGUCUUGGAUGAACAGAAGCACCUGAUGGAGGAGCAUGGGAACAAUGUUGAUCACGAUGUUCUGUCUGAAAUGGAUGUCCUUUAUCGGUGCAUCAAGGAAGCACUGAGACUUCACCCGCCUCUAAUUAUGCUGCUCCGAAGCUCGCACAGUGAUUUCAGUGUCAAAACACGGGAUGGCAAGGAAUAUGACAUCCCAAAGGGCCACAUCGUGGCUACUUCGCCUGCUUUUGCUAAUAGGCUUCCGCACGUUUAUCAGGAUCCAAACAAAUAUGAUCCAGACAGAUUUGGAGUGGGCAGAGAAGAAGACAAGGUGGCAGGCGCAUUUUCUUAUAUUUCUUUUGGAGGCGGUAGGCAUGGGUGCCUUGGUGAACCAUUUGCCUACUUGCAAAUUAAAGCAAUAUGGACUCACCUGUUGAGAAACUUCGAGCUGGAGUUGGUUUCACCUUUCCCAGAGAUCGACUGGAAUGCCAUGGUGGUGGGUGUCAAGGAUAAAGUUAUGGUGAGGUACAAGCGCCGUCAGCUCUCUGUGUAGAAGAGAGGCCUUACAGAGGCCUUGGUCGUAAAGCCGUCAUCGUCUUCUUUCAUGCCCCUAGAGACAGCCUUGCUCCUUUUUUAGCUUCUGGUGUUUCUGUUUGUGUUGAAAUUAGGGAGUUUUAGCUUCAGCUUGUUUGUGACUAUUGUAGCUUAAGACCAGAGCUCGUCAUGUUUCAGUUAUUAGUUGCUCGAGAUUGGGUUGCUGCAUAUGUGUUGAUUACUUUUUAGAGCAACGAACUUUUUCAUCAA